AUGAUCUACGAGAUCGACACCGACGUCGAUGUAUCGCCAAAGGAGACCAGGGCCGCAGAUCCAAACAGAAGUCCUGUGAAACCUGCGCUCAAAAGAAAAUCCGCUGUUCUUUGUCCCGCCCUAGCUGUGCUCGGUGUGCUCAAUUGGUCACAGGACAUCAAUUUCACGACCUCUGAGCCCUCACAGUCUACCGAGAUGAACACUGUAUCAAUGGAUGACACUCUUGAUAAAGGCUAUCAGACAUCUUUCGAUCUCAACGCUCAAUUACCUGACAGAUGGCCAGCUUUCGAUUUUGAGAGUAUGCAAUUUACAGAGGAUACAAUGGCAAAUGGCCUUUGGCCUUAUCCAACUGAGAUAACUGGGAGCUCUCUAAUAUGGAAUCAAAUUUCAGAGUUUGAACCAAUUCAACCUGUUCCGACCGGGUCUACUUCAACUUCCGACCGAUCUAUUCCAGGGUAUCUCGGUCUCAUCCAACAAACUACAGAAACUGAAUCCUGUCCACCUGCACCGAGUGGCCAAUCGAAUUCCUCUUCAUUCGAACGUAUAUGGCUCGACAAUGCCAAUGAAGACGAGCGUUCAAUGUCCGUCAACCUGGACAACAGGCUUUACAGUCCCUCUCAACUCAUCUUCGGGCACAAAUUCAUGGUCGGUCUGGGACAUGAAAUCCGGACUGAUACCAACAGUCUGUGUCAGGAGAUUCUCGAGCACCUGCGAGAAUACCCUAGUCUCAUUCUCGACCGAGACUUCUGGUCCCCCUUUAUCCACCAUAGAUUAUACCGCUGUUCUUUGGGCGGAAUGGCACCACCAAUGACAGACGCCUUAGCUUGCGUAGGUGCCUAUGCAAGCACAGCCGGCUCAGGUUCGGGGUUUGUCGAUCGUGUGAUUUCCCAAGAGCGGGAGAAGCUUGUGCGGAAUUUCCACAGUUACACCGAUACCCUUGAAUUCUGCCUGGCUGCUAUGCAUGCUGUAUGCAUUUAUCAGAUUAUGGGACUGUUCGGUGACAGCUUCUUACCCGCUGCUGUUAAGAAGCCCAUGUUUAGCAAUGGAAGCGAGGAGCGGCGACAGGAGUUUGAAAGAUCUGCCGAACUCUAUAGCUCAUUCUUGUUGAAGAUGACCCGACGACUAUCGAGUGUGCAUUCAAAGGCCCUGCAAAUCCAUCACAAGGAUGAAACCGAUUGGAACCAAUGGAAAUUCAUGGAAUCUCUUCGGCGGAAUUUGUUCUUCGUUCAUAUAAUCAACAUCAUGGAGUCGAAGACCAAAAGGUUAGGCGAGAACUACUUUGAGCCACUGAACGACAACAUGAUACUCAGACUUCCACUUCCUGCCCCGGAACGAAUGUGGCGAGCGUGCAGCACCAAAGAGUGGAUGCUUGCGCGUGUACAAACACUGGGACGUUCGAUCCCAUCCAAGUCCCCUGAAAGUGGCGGUGAACCGACUCUUCAGACACUGGGAAAUGUCUUGCAGGCAGUCCGUGCAGGGAAGGUGAAUUUCGCGUCGUUGUUGCCACUUACUCGCAUGAUCCUGGCGAGCGCUAUUAUUUCCCCCCCUGGAACGGCAUCAUUCUAG